GUAGACAGUGCAGCAGUCGCGGCCGUGGUUCCAGCGCGUCCCCUCGUUCGCCCCAGGAGAACCAUGACGGAGCAGUUUACCCUGGCCGAGGAGCUGUCGUGCUCCAUCUGCCUGGAGCCCUUCAAGGAGCCGGUCACCACCCCGUGCGGCCACAACUUCUGCGGGGCGUGCCUGGACGCGUCGUGGGCCUCCCGCGGCGCGCCGUACGGGUGCCCGCAGUGCCGCACCGUCUACCAGGCUCGGCCGCAGCUGCGCAAGAACACGGUGCUGUGCGCGGUGGUGGAGCAGUUCCUGCAGGCGAAGCUGACCCCGGAGGAGCUCCCCGAUGGCUGUACACCGCCCGCCGGUGGCGCCGCCCACACCCGGGUCAAGGCCGGCGCCAAGACCCCCGCCAAGGUCUCUGACCCCGUCGCCCAGGUGAUCUGCGACCACUGCCUGAAGGAGGCCGCUGUCAAGACGUGCCUCAUGUGCAUGGCCUCCUUCUGCCAGGAGCACCUGCAGCCGCACCUCGACAGCCCAGCCUUCCGGGACCACCCGCUGCAGCCGCCCAUCGGAGACCUGAUACGCCGCAAGUGCCCCCAGCACAACCGGCUGCGGGACUUCUUCUGCCCAGAGCACGGCGAGUGCAUCUGCCACAUCUGCCUGGUGGAGCACAAGAGCUGCUCGCCUGCGCCCCUGAGCCAGGCCAGCGCCGACCUGGAGAACAAGCUGAAGCAUAAGUUGACUGUCAUGUACGGUCAGAUCAAUGGUGCAUCGAGAGCGCUGGAGGAUGUGAGAGCCAGGCAGCAGGAUGUGCGGGAGACUACACAGAGGAGGAUGGAGCAGCUUAGGGAAGAAUUCACGGAAAUGAAAGCUCUCAUCAGUGCCCUGGAGGCCAAGUCGAUACAAAAGAUAGAGGAAGAGGAGAAGAGGGUCAGCAGCAAGUUUGACCACAGCUACCAGGUCCUCCUCAAGAAGAAGAGUGAGAUCCAGAAUCUGAAGGAGGAGACUGAACUUGCCCUGAAUAAGGGGGACGAGUUUGAGUUUCUGGAGAAAGCGGCAAAACUGCAAGGAGUCUCAACGAAGCCAGUCUACGUCCCCAAGGUGGAGCUGAAUCAGGAGCUGAUCAAGGGCGUCUGCCAGGGCACCUUAGACCUCAAAAACGAGCUGAAGCGGUAUAUCCAACAGUCCCAGGACAAGAAGCCCCAUGAGCCCCCUGUCUCAGAAGGCAAAAAGAAUACCAAGAAACCUGCCCCACCCAGAACAUUUCCCUUUGAAGCCCUGGAACUGAUAGUGGAUUCAAAAGAAGUUGGCCUGGAGGCUGGAGCCAAAACCACCACCCCACAGGCGAACUCGAUGUCUCUCAGGGACAAGGUGCUGGAGGCCUUUCUAGCCAAGUCCAGACCUGAGCUCCUGAAGUAUGCUGGUAGAGUCAUCCUGGACUGCAACACCGCCCACAGCAAUGUGGCUCUGUCAAAGAACUACACCGUAGCUUCUGUGGCUGACGUACCCCAGAGCUACCGGCCCCAUCCUCAGAGGUUCACAUACUGCUCUCAGGUGCUGGGCCUGCACUGCUACAAGGAAGGGAUCCACUACUGGGAGGUUGAGCUGCGGAAGAACAACUGUGGGGUGGGCAUCUGCUAUGGCAGCAUGCAACGGCAGGGCCCUGAGAGCCGGCUCGGCCGCAACAGCUCCUCCUGGUGCGUGGAGCAGUUCAACACCAAGAUCUCUGCCUGGCACAAGAGAGUGGAGAAAACUCUGCCCUUCAAGGCCACGCGGGUUGGUGUGCUUCUCAACUGCGACUACGGCUUCGUCAUUUUCUUCGCUGUCACUGACAAGGUCCACCUGAUGUAUGCGUUCAAGGUGGACUUUACUGAAGCUCUGUACCCGGCUUUCUGGGUGUUCUCUGCAGGUGCCACGCUGUCCAUCUGCUCCUCCAAGUAGGCGGGCCAUGGACAAUGUCUCUGGCUGACUACCAGUGGAGUGCCCAAGACUCUAGUGAAAAUGCUGCAGGUGGAGCUCUCUCGGAGGACUUCCCUGAGAGUCCCUAAGUUGAAAGGAUGGGAGGGGAGUGGGUGGCAGGUGGGAGGGUGGGGAGAUGGGAUAGAGGAGGGAUUUGGCCAAGGCAAGGGGUGGGGUGGCAGUGAUUGUGUUGUGGGUGAGGAAGCAUUUCUACCUCCCGGCGCCCAUCAGGGCAGGGGGACCUCCUCCCUCUUGUUUUGGUAGCUCUCCAGGCUGCUGGGCAGCUGGAUGGGGCUUUUGGGGACAAGUCCUUACUGCCCCUUUCCUCCUGGAGAAAUCUGUAGCCACUGCAGGAUCUUUCUUGCGUCCCUUGGUGUAUGUCCGGUUGCUCUCCAGAGUGGCCUUCAGAUUUUCGUGUUUUGAUUACUCUCUAUAGGGCUAUUGUACUCUAUAGAUUUUUUAAAAUUCCACAGUCAUGGGAUUUCAAUGUUAGUCAGCCCCCACUACCCACGUGUCGGGCGUGGGGUGAGCGCUCAGACUCCUGGUUAUUUUCGGUGCUUGAGGGAAACCACGACAGCAGACCUCCUCCCAGACCAGACUCUCCCCCAGAAGCGUGUCCUCCUCCACUGGAAGGCAGGCCUGCUUCCCUGGUCUCCUGCACCCCUCAUCACCCCAGUCGAUGGUUUUGAAAGGUUUAAUCAAACAGGAACCUUUUCAGCCUAAGGCUUCAAAGCAUGAUCUGAAUCAGCCAAUGCUGAAUUUGCGAUUCGAGGUCAAGGUGACCCAGGUCCCGUGUGGACGGAAACCCUUCCCACUCCCCAGUGUUGUGAAAGGCAUCUCCGUAGCCACCCUCUGGCUGCAGCUGUGGAGCCUGGCGGGAGGCCUUCUUCCCAUAGCCUAGGCUUUGGGGCAAGGAAGUCCUCAGGGCAAGAGGGACACUGACCUGGGUUGAUGGAAGUGUGAUGAUUUUGCUCUUAGUGUCUUGCCUUCUUUCUUAAAGAUUGGCAUCUGGGCUAACAACUGUUGCCAACCUUUUUUUUUUUCCCCAAAGAUUGGCACCUGGGCUAAUAACUGUUGCCAAUCUUUUUU